AUGAAGUGCCCCAAGACACCAGAAGAAUGGAAUGACGUAGCAAAACGAUUCGCCUCAAAGUGGAACUACUUCAAUUGUGUGGGAGCCCUGGAUUGGAAGCUCGCGAUCAAGAAACCCAAAGUUGGAGGAUCACUGUAUUUCAAUUACAAGAAGUUCCACAGCAUCGUCCUCAUGGCCCUCUCCGAUGCAAAGUACAAGUUCCCGUUCGUUGACGUCGGUGCAGAAGGAGGUGCUGGGGAUGGAGGAACCUGGCAGAAGUGCAACCUGGCCAGGGCCAUCACAAACAACCAAGCAGGACUCCCACAAGACAGAAAUCUGCCCAACGACGACGAACACAUCCCCUUCCACAGUCGCCGACGAUGCCUUCGCUCUUAA